UUUUAAAAAGUGGAAGUAACUCCGUUGUUUUUGGAAUAACUGUACUUACUUAGCUAAGGGAUGAUUUUCAAUUCACUACUUUUUGCAUCUAUCGGGUGUCUUUCCGCAUUUGUGGUUGCACAAUCACUAUCCCAAUCGGAUAGUUGCCUAAAUAAACUGCCAAUGCCGACUAAGUAUGAUCCUGAGGAUUGCAAUGGAUACUUUGCACUUUUCAACGGUCAAUACAUACAGGAAUAUUGCCCGCCAGGCGCUAAAUAUAGUGUGCCUUUGAGUUGUUGUGUAAUCGGCCGUUGUCCACCAUGUAAUUGUUCAAGUAUCGAGGAAUCAACAACGGCUUCAGACUCCUGUGGCACAACUGGUUUUAUGACUACAAGUGAAACAACACCAACAAGUGGCAUUACAAAGAACAGCACAGAAACUACAACACCAGCAUCUCUGCCCGAAACGACUCGCGAAACGACAGAAGAAGUUUCUUGGACAACAUCGGGAGAAACUAUUGCUACAACGCCAGUUAGUGAGGCCACAAUUACAGAACAAACAGAUGUUCCCCAGAAGACUACAGAAGAAUCUACAAUUACUACUGCUGGCGAAACAACUGCCGGCGAUGCCCAUAUAACCACUGAUAUCACAGCUGAGACGGAAAGCACGCCGACAACCGAAGAGAUAUCCAGUGUAGAGUAUUCUACAGNCAUAUAA